CCAUCCAAACAUUCAGGCUUUGAAGGGAAGGCUGCGUGUGGGGGUUGUCUGUCGGAAUCAUAGGGAUGACCACAGCUUGCAACUUGCACCACUGAGGGGGAAAUAAUCAGCACGUUACCUUCUCAUGAAUUAUUAAACACUCUGUUCCUGUUUUAGCCCAACUCAAUGCGCUGAAUUUACGUCUGUCGGUCUUAGGCAGUGUGUAAGGUGUUUAUUUAUUUUUAUUUUGACUAUGACGGGGCCGUAUUACAGCUGAUAUGCAAGAGCGUGUGAGCUGAACAAGGAGUGAGACAAGUGUUGAGAGCAAAGCAGCACAGCGGCAGCACUCUGGUCACAAGGAUCCGUGGUAGAGGCAGCAGCAGCAACACUAUCAGUCACAGCGCAGGCAGCAUCGGCAGCAGAAGCAGCACACUCUCCUCUGUUUCUCUCUCUUCUUUCUGGAGUUGUUUCUUGCUCAGAGGACAAACGGCAAGGAAGUCACAGGAGAAAGUGAUCCAGGGCUGAUAGCUGCCAUAAAAAAACCCAAACGCAGACCUGGCUGCCCCCAUGCCUAUCGAAUUUGUUUGCAAAAUCAAGUUUGCAGAGGAGGAUGAGAAGCAGAAAAACAAGCAGGAUGGGGACAAGGAGAGUCUGAUCGAGGAGAGCUGUGCACCUCCGGCCAAGGACUUGGCUGGGUUUGCUAACUCCUGCACUCUACAUGGGAUUAAUCACAUCUUUGUCUCUGGUCGUCUUGGCAUCCGGCAGACUCUGUGGGCGCUCGCCUUUCUCACUUCAUUGGCACUAUUUGUUUACCAGGCGGCAAAGUGUGCUAUCUCCUACCUGGAGCACCCCCAUGUCACAGCUCUGAAUGAAGAGGCGACCCCAGAGAUGGUUUUCCCAGCCGUCACCAUCUGCAACAUCAACCGCUUCCGCUUCUCCGCGCUGACUGAUGCCGACAUCUACCACCUGGCUAACUUGACGGGACUGCCCCCCAAAAACAGGGAUGGACACAAGCCCACGGAUCUCAUGUAUCCUGCCCCUGACAUGCAGGACAUCUUCAACAGGACGGGACAUCAGCUGGACGAGAUGCUCAUGAGCUGCAACUUCAGCGGGCAGAACUGCUCAGCGGAUGAUUUCACUGUGGUUUACACCAGAUAUGGGAAAUGCUACACUUUUAAUGGAAACAAGACGACGUCCAGGAAAAGCAAGCAAGGUGGAAUGGGAAAUGGGCUGGAGAUAAUGUUGGAUAUCCAGCAGGAUGAAUAUCUGCCAAUAUGGAGAGAGACAAAUGAGACAUCUCUGGAGGCGGGAAUCCGAGUUCAAAUACACAGUCAGGACGAGCCUCCCUACAUUCACCAGCUGGGCUUCGGUGUUUCUCCAGGCUUCCAGACCUUUGUUUCAUGCCAAGAGCAAAGGUUGACCUACCUGCCCCAGCCCUGGGGGAACUGCCGCUCCAGCAGCAAUGAGAAGUUCCCAGGAUACGACACGUACAGCAUCAGUGCCUGUCGCCUGCUCUGCGAGACCAAUGAGGUUGUGAGAGUGUGCAACUGCAGGAUGGUGCACAUGCCCGGAACCGCUGAUAUCUGUCCUCCAAGUCAAAUCAACUGUGUUGACAAAGCACUAGCACAGCUCCAAAAGACCAGCGGGGACACCUGUCCAUGUGAGACGCCCUGUAAUCUCACCCGUUACGGUAAAGAGCUCUCCAUGGUCAAAAUCCCCAGCAAGGGCUCGGCUCGCUAUCUCUCCAGGAAAUACGCCAAGUCCGAAGACUACAUCCGGGACAACUUCCUGGUCCUGGACAUCUUCUUUGAGGCUCUAAACUAUGAAACAAUAGAGCAAAAGAAAGCCUACGAUGUUGCGGGUUUAUUAGGUGACAUUGGUGGACAGAUGGGGCUUUUCAUUGGAGCCAGUAUCCUGACUAUCUUAGAAAUACUUGAUUAUAUCUACGAGGUAAUCAAGCAACGAUUACAACGUCUACUGAGGCCGCAAAAGGAGGAAAAGAAGAGCAAGCAGCCACCGCAGGCCAGUACUGUCGCGACGGUGGGUCUGGAGGAGAUGGAAACAGAGGAGCCCAAUGCCAUAACACGGAGUCACCCAGAGGGGGCGUAUGCCAACACGAUGCUCCCCAACCACCACCAUCACCGUCACCAUCAUCACGCUGGACACCACGGGGUGUUCGAGGACUUCACUUGCUAGAGCCAGCCAUAUUUUUUCCAUCCUUUCCUUUGCAUUGACAACUAAAGAGGAGGAGUUGCGUGUGUCGCCAUCAAUAAGAGACCUUCUGCAUAUGCGCCACUUCUUUGCUGUCAUCAGUGAAAAAGCUCCAGCCAAAGUCCAACACCAAACUUGUGCUGCUAACAAACCACGUGUGUGUACAGUAAAAAAAAACAAAGGCACAAUUUGGACACCGCUUUUUUUUUUGUUUGUUUUGUCUGGAUGGGACCACUUUAGCUAUAUCUCUGAGAAGUCAGGCACUUUGUGUUCAUAGGACCAAUUUUUGCUGAUGAUUCUUGCCCUACAAGGAAACGAGGAGGACUGCAUGACCUUUGAUCCAAUUUAUACUCCAGAAAAAAAGCCAAAUUUAUUCAUUUAUUUCUCUCAAUCCACUUUGGCCCAUUUUUCUGAAAGCUAUUUCCCCCGACUUCCAUGGAGAACAAACUGUGCCACUGCAUCAAGCCAUUGCAAUAUCAUAAAUGAUAUAACCAUUUAAAGAGAUACUAAGAUCUAUAUGUUCUAUAUUGUAUACAAGAUAAAAAGUUCUAAGAUAAAGAAACCUCUUUUGUGCUAUAUUCAAUCUAACUCGAAAAAUAUACAAAUGCAACACUUUUGUUUUUGCUCCUAUUUUUCAUGAGAUUAACUCUUUUUCUAGAUAUACAAUACAGUUACUGAAUAUUUUUUGGAGUGGCCUUUUAUUGUGGCCAGCCUCAGGCAAACCUCUGCGAUAAUCAUGCUGUCUAGUCUCCAUUUUGAUAUGCUACCUAUUACCUCGGUACAGGCUGCUCACUUUUGCUGCCAAUUUCGUGGCUUCGCUCUAUAAAAAUAUAUAUUAAUAAUUCUUGCUGUUUUGUGGUUAAAUAUGAUAUGCACAUUUUGGCAUUUCUGAGCCUAAAAAGUGAAAUAAAAUACAAAUACAAGGCAUUCAAAGACGUGGUGAUGUAUUCCAUCCUGAUCACUCGGUGUCCGACUCGAUGCCGGGAUAACUGGCUGUUACUGCAGAAUUGGAUUAUCUCACAGCAGGCGCAAUAAUACCAACACGGACUACUGUUGUGGUCGUAAGCAAGCUAAACCUCACCUCUGAACUCCAGAUGUCACUUCCUGUCUGUCGCACCGGAACAUAUUUACAACAACACACACAAGCACAAGUGUUAUUUAUGCCUUAUAUGUCUUAUUAUUUCCUCCUCUUAUAUCUUCUAUAUUGGGUAAUACGGGGGUAAAGGUGACUAUAGGGGUGCUAUUUCAUGUCUUGAGGGCUCUAAUGAUUUAACAAAUUUAUAAAAAUAUUCCAUCUAUCAAUAAGGAAUCCUACUUUGCGGAAAUUCAUUCCUGUAGACAUAUUUGUAACAAUAUUUGCGAGAGAUGGGCCUGAUGUGUACAAAGAAAAAAGUUUGAACUCGUGAACAAUGGGAGCAAAAAAACAAAGUGUUGUGUUUCUAUUUUUGACGUGUGUAAUUACGAGGAAUACAGGAGCUGAACUGUCAGAUUUUGGAAAGACGGAAGCGGCAUCUUUCCACGUUGAUACACAUUGUCUGACUUGUGGUGAAGGUGUUAGAGAGUAGCGUUGUACAUUGUAACAUGAACAUUGUAAUACUGUCAAAUCCGAUGUUGAAAAUGAAAGCUUCUGUUUUAAUGGUUGUAGUUUAUAAUGCAUUAAUAUAUGACUUCAGUAAUACUUUUGUUAUUUAUACAUUUUAGAAAGGUAAUUUUAUAUGCGAUCACGAUUGUAGCAAUUACUGUACACUUAAAACCUGAAAAUGAGCAAGAAUAUCAAUACAUUUGUACAGGUAACAAAAACGGAUUGUCAAUUUUAUUUCCUUUUCAUCAACAUUUGCAAUUUAAGGUCAUACAAUUUUGAAUUGAAGGUGUUGAAAUUAGCUUUUUCGUUGGCUUUUUUUGUGUAACGUCAAACAGAAAACCUGUGACAAUGAUGGUAAUUCUGGAAGUGGGAAAAGUGGCUCCAGUAGUCGGCAUCCAAGUUAUUGGUGAGUUGUAUUGCUUCUCCUUGUACAACUUCUUCCUACAGUUAAGUUAAACUCGUGAGGUCCAUGCCAUCACUUGUCAUCUGAGUUAAAGGUGAGUACACCGUUUAUCGCGUUUACGUGGUUUUACACAUGUAUGAUUAGUUUGCAGAUAAGGGGCCAAAAAUAGAGCCGAGUAAUUUGAACUUAAUCAGUUUGCUUCAGAGACUGGGACGCUAAUCGGGGUUAAUAGGGUUAAGAAAGUAGUUUCUUACUCUUUUGCCCUCACCGUUGGCUCUCCUUUGCCAGGCUUUAUAUAAGUACAGAUUUAUAUAACAAGUAUGCUUUUAUAUAACAAGUACAGUUGCACUCCCUUUUUGGUUGCUGUUAUCUGUAAUCUCUUUUAUUUUCAAUAAAACUCAGAAGUGUUACCUAUUUCAUCUUCCAUAUGUAAAAGGUAAUGCAGGAACGUGCACAGCAGUCAGAUAAAAUGCAGUAACAGUAAAAGUGGUAAUCUAAU